GUUUAUUACACGUGCAUGUGUGGAAAUCCUCCGAAGUUUUAACAGAUUAAUGAUUUACUGCCUGUAAAAUCAAUGUAGCGAUAGUUCACAGAGCACCAGCGGAUGUAGUGCUGAAAAUAAAAGCAUGAUUUAAAGGAUUUGGCGGAUUGCAGCUCAGUUUCUCCCCUCAGACUGCUGAUCACAGCUCCUGCUGCUUUGCGGAAGAUUGGAUCAACACUGCGUGUUUUUUUUUUCCUGUCAUUAUAAGAUGUUUUUCCCUAGUGAGAAGCGAGGCAGGGCUUUUAUUUUGUCGGUGAAGCCCCUCGCGGUUCCUGUGCGCCCUCCGGCCGAGCUGACACUGCUGCAUUGAAAAUUAGCUGGCCGCAGCCUUUCAGGGACUCCUCUUGCGGACCUCCGGAGACCACAGUGCAAUAAAAAUGGCAGCCGAGCUAUCCACUUCCAUAAACAUCAAGGAGCCCCGCUGGGACCAGAGCACAUUUGUGGGUCGGGCUAAACAUUUCUUCACCGUCACAGAUCCCAGGAACAUUCUCCUGACAAACGAACAACUAGCACACGCGCACAAAAUCAUCACCGAUUACAGGGAAGGUAUAGUCUCUCCAGGGCUGACGGAGGACGAACUGUGGAGAGCCAAGUAUGUUUUUGACUCAGCUUUCCAUCCCGACACUGGAGAGAAGAUGAUCCUGAUAGGCCGCAUGUCGGCACAGGUUCCAAUGAACAUGACGAUCACUGGAUGCAUGAUGACAUUUUACAAGACGACUCCUGCUGUGCUGUUCUGGCAGUGGAUCAAUCAGUCUUUCAACGCAAUAGUGAAUUACACCAACAGGAGUGGUGACGCUCCCAUAACGGUCGGUCAGCUUGGCACAGCUUAUGUGUCUGCCACCACGGGGGCAGUUGCCACCGCUCUAGGACUAAAUGCACUAACAAAGCACGUUUCACCUCUGAUCGGACGGUUUGUUCCAUUUGCUGCUGUAGCUGCUGCUAACUGUAUCAACAUCCCGCUGAUGCGACAAAGAGAGCUUCAGCAUGGUAUACCUAUAACGGAUGAAAAUGACAACAGGUUAGGAGAGUCAUCAAAGGCUGCGCAGCAGGCGAUCUCUCAGGUUGUGGUUUCCAGGAUUCUCAUGGCUUCUCCGGGAAUGGCUAUUCCCCCAUUUUUAAUGAACCAUUUGGAAAAGAAGGCCUUUCUGAGGAGGUUCCCAUGGAUGAGUGCACCUAUUCAAGUCAGCCUGGUGGGAUUCUGCCUUGUGUUUGCCACACCACUCUGUUGUGCUUUAUUCCCUCAGAAAAGCUCUAUGUCAGUCAGCCGCUUGGAGCCAGAGCUGCAGGAGAAAAUCCGUGCCAGCCACCCAGGAGUGGAGAGGGUUUACUUCAACAAAGGGCUAUGAGUGUGUGCAACCCCCCCAUCGCCGCCCAACCUCAUCCGAACACUGCCAUAACACAGCUGCAGGCUCGGUCUUCACGUCUCUGCCAGCUCUCCUCAUUCAGUGUGCCAAAGUU